AUGCUGCUUUCAAGGAAUGGAUUGUCCGCUGCAGCGGUCAUGUCAGCCCUUGUUGCGCCCUCUUCUGCUUUGAAUGCUGACCUCAAGACUAAUGUUGCUGUUUACUAUGGCCAAGGCGCAUAUCAGCCUCGUCUCAGCCAUUUCUGCGAGGAAACCUCUCUGGAUAUCAUCAACCUGGGCUUUAUCAACGUGUUCCCUGAGUCUGUGGGCGGCUAUCCUGGAUCCAACUUUGGUAACCAGUGUGAUGGCAACGUCUACGCUGGCACGCAGCUGCUCAGCGGCUGUCACCAGAUUUGGGAGGAUAUCCCGGUUUGCAAGGCUCUAGGAAAGACAAUCAUGCUUUCUUUGGGCGGCGAAACGGCGUACCAGAAGCUUGAGGAUGAGUUGACGGCUAUAUGGUUUGCUGAUUUCCUUUGGUAUUCCUUUGGCCCAGAGAACCCCAAUUAUACUGAUGUAUAUCCUCGUCCCUUCCUGGACAACUCUGUUGAUGGGUUCGACUUUGAUAUCGAGCACGAUGGGGGCUACGGCUAUGCCAUCAUGAUCAACCGACUCCGAACCCACUUCGAGGAAUACCCCGACCAGACGUUCUAUAUCUCGGGUGCUCCCCAAUGCACAAUCCCAGACGAGCAACUCAGUAAUGCUAUCUCGGACUCCGUGUUUGACUUCAUCUGGGUUCAAUUCUACAAUACCCCUGCGUGCUCUGCCCGUUCCUUCUUCAAUGGCACCGGGGACUUCAACUAUGGUGACUGGGUGGACGUCAUUCUGGACAGCGCCAAUCCUUCUGCAAAGCUCUUCAUCGGUCUUCCUGCUGCCGAGGGAGCCGCAGCUACUGGUGACUAUCUCACUCCAGCCGAGGCAUAUCUGCUAGUGGAUGUGUACAUGAACCUCUAUCCUGACACCUUUGGCGGUAUCAUGUUGUGGGAAGCCACAGCGUCGGACAACAACACUUCCUUAGACGGGCUUAACUACGCUCAGAAUAUGAAAAGGAUCCUGUAUGACUUUGCUCCUCCUCCACCUCCGCCUCCUCCGGUGUCAACAAUCACUCGCACCGUGACGCCAACGCCCUAUCCGACGCCCACACAUACGCCUUCUAGCUCGAAGGUGCCUACCAGCUCUCCUGUUACGCCUCCUGUUUUGACGCUAUCGAGCAGCCCGGCUGUUUCAAGCACUUCCCACGCCUACUCCAGCACUCCACGGGUUACCGACACGUCUGGCUCUUCGACGCACGUUGUGAUCUCUUCAAGCAUUGUCCCGUCGAGCAUCAUCCCGUCGAGCAUCAUCCCGUCGAGCAUCAUCCCGUCGAGCAUCAUCCCGUCGAGCAUCAUCCCGUCGAGCAUCAUCCCGUCGAGCAUCAUCCCGUCGAGCAUCAUCCCGUCGAGCAUCAUCCCGUCGAGCAUCAUUCCGUCGAGCAUCAUUCCGUCGAGCAUCAUUCCGUCGAGCAUCAUUCCGUCGAGCAUCAUUCCAUCGAGCAUCAUUCCGUCGAGCAUCAUCCCGUCGAGCAUCAUCCCGUCGAGCAUCAUCCCGUCGAGCAUCAUCCCGUCGAGCAUCAUCCCGUCGAGCAUCAUUCCGUCGAGCAUCAUUCCGUCGAGCAUCAUUCCGUCGAGCAUCAUUCCAUCGAGCAUCAUUCCGUCGAGCUCUAUCCCGUCGAGCUCUAUCCCGUCGAGCUCUAUCCCGUCGAGCUCUAUCCCGUCGAGCUCUAUCCCAGCAUCCAAUCCCUCGCAUGCCAACACCCCGAGCGCCGCCUCAUCUGCCUCCCUAAGCAUCGUGUCCGGCCCGCCUGUCCAUUCCAAUACGCCCCAUGUUGUUCCUUCCGGCUCCUAUACAUCACAUACUGGAAUUUCUUCCGGCUCGACCCCCUGGAGCUCCGUUCCGUCUUCUACUCAUCAGCAGACCAGCUCCUCGAUGGCCGCUACCAGACGCCCCUCUUCACAUAUUUCUUCGAGUACUUCAGUAGCUUCACACAGCGUCCCCAUAUCUAGUCCACAUGCCUCUCAGAUUGUGUCGCCUAGCACACCUGUUACCUUGAAAACUCCUUGCGUGACUUGCUCUAGCAUCGUCUCAAGUGGAAGCGCUUCCCGCACUCCAAGUUCUUCCAUUGCUCUCGCUUCAACUGUGAAGCCUGGUGCUACUGGGGAACGUUCGAGUUCUCUACCUGGCAAGUCAACUCACACUUCAGGCGCAAGUCACUCAUCGUCCUCUCACGCCGCUUCUUCGCUUAGCAAGUCGAUCGCAUCUUCCUCCACUUCUGGUGCUGUGGCUUCGUCAUCAUCGGAUCUGUCCCGAAGCACGACUGUUAUCUCAAGUCGGUCCUCCAUCUCACGGAGACCGUCUCGAACCCCAACCACCCGGACUCCUGUCUCAAGCCCUGCGGUCAUCUCGACUUCCGGUUCUGGCUCUAGCUCAGUGUCUGACUUCGAACAUACAUCCGCCUCAAGCGUCUCUGGUUCUUCUUCCACUCAACAAUCAACUGGUCAUGCUGGUCCCACUGGGAGUGGAUCUGUUUCUGUAACUUCUGUCACCGAUAUCCUACCUUCAGUGACGCCGGCCCCAUCUACUACGAGGCCAGAAGUAACAACAACAAUAAUUGUCACUUCUUACACUGACAUCUGUCCUACUGGGUUCACCACAAUCACCACCACAUACACCACAACUUUCUGCCCCGGCUCGACUGCCAGUGCGACUGGUCACCCUUCUGGCGAGGUAACUACAACUGCAUCAAUCCCUGAGGGUUGGUCGACUACCGUGACGGUUUGCACUCAAUGUGCGGCUACCCCAACAACCGUCACUCUCACUAAGCCUAUUUCCACAGCGGCAGCUCAGACUACAACAAGUGUCUUUACCAGUCUGGCUACAGAGACCUGGACUGAGACUUGGACUACAAUUUUGACAUUCUGCAAGCACUGUGGCCCUACUGGUUCAACUGUUACUCUGACUGUCCCCUAUACACCCUCUGCCUCUGCACCUGUAGCCAACCCAACAGGAGCUUCCGGAACAUCGGCACAGAGCGAGGGAUCUGUAUCAAGCGGCCUCCCCCAGAUCACUGGUAGUGGUCCGGGUGGUGUAUCAUCAGAAUUUCCUUCUUCGAGACCCCAUAUCACAGCGUCAAGAAGCGUACAUCCUCCGAGCCAUACUCCGUUAUUUGCGGUCCAUACUUCCGGCACCGCUGGAGUACCGACCCCGAGUAGCACCUGGGAGGAGACCUCACCGGCCUUCACUAAUGCUGCCUCUCCAUCAGGAUUGAUCAAUCUUUUGGGUAUUUCUCUGGCUCUCCUGGCCUCCACCGUAUUUCUCCUGUGA